AUGACAACACUUUUACCCGGGAUGAAGUUGGAUAACCAUGGAUUUGAAAAAUUGCAGAAUGUAUCAUCAUCAAUACAUCGUUUUUUUCAUGUUUAUUCACAGACAGCCGAACGUAAUUCUGGUUGGGAGACACAUAGGGUGCGUCUGAACCGAGUGCCGGGGUAUGGGUUCGGGAUUGCGGUGUCCGGGGGCAGGGAUAACCCCCACUUCGCAAGCGGUGACCCGUCCAUCGCUGUUUCCGAUGUACUAAGAGGAGGACCCGCUGAAGAUAAAUUGCAAGUGAAUGAUAGAAUAGUAUCAGUGAACGGAGUGCCGUUGGAAAACGUGGAGUAUGCGAGGGCUGUUCAAGUGUUACGGGAAUCUGGGGCGACCGUGUCUUUGGUGGUGCGGAGACGAGCGCCGGCACCACCACCCACCGCGCCAACCACCAUCAAACUGGCGUUGACGAGGAACGGAAAGAAGGAAGAUUUCGGGAUAGUCCUUGGAUGCAAAAUUUACGUGAAAGAACUGACCAUGCGGGCGAGGGAUCAGCUGAACCCGUCGGGACAAGGGUUGUGUGAGGGUGACGUCAUAACGAGAAUCAAUAACACAGCCGUCACAGACGCUAUGACACUGAAAGAGGCCAAGAAGUUAGUGGACUCGUGCAAGGAUCGACUUAAUCUGGUGAUAACAAGAGAACUUAUUAGAGAGGAGACCGUCACCAAUGGAAAUUACCAAAACAAUUACAGUAGUCUAGAAGCCGCGCCUCACACCUACCCGAACAGCUCAGAGGCUAUGUCCUCACCAUAUUCUAUCAGCGGACAAAACCUCUACGUGGCAGCACCCGUCCGUGGAGACAGGCGACACGACGACCAGCCGCCGAGACCUCCGCCACCAAGGAAUGACGACUAUUACAGCAGUAGAAGACAGUUGUACGAAGAAGACGGUAUGACGAAUCAGAGAAACAAGCCACCGAGCGAGCCAAGAUUGAUAAGUUUCCAAAAGGAAGGGUCUGUGGGACUCCGUUUAUGUGGAGGUAACAGGUCGGGAGUGUUUGUGUCAGGAGUACAACCUACAAGUCCCGCAGCUAUGCAGGGACUACAGCCCGCUGAUAAGAUACUCAAGGUCAACGACAUGGAAAUGAAAGGCGUGACUAGAGAAGAGGCUGUUCUGUUCCUACUGAGUUUGCAGGACCAGAUAGACCUCAUAGUACAACACUCACCUGACGAAUACAACGCCGUGGCUAGCGGACAAACACCGGGUGAUUCGUUCCACGUUAAAACUCAUUUCCAUUACACCGAGCCGACGGAAGGCGAGAUGUCGUUCCGUUGUGGCGACGUGUUCCACGUGAUGGAUACCUUACACAAUGGAACGGUCGGCGCCUGGCAGGUCUACCGGAUAGGUCGUAAUAACCAAGAAGUUCAAAAGGGCACGAUCCCGAAUAAAGCUCGUGCUGAGGAGCUCGCCACGGCACAGUUCAAUGCUACCAAGAAAGAGAUGUCCGGGAACGACGCUAAGACUAACUUCUUCAGGCGACGAAGAUCAACACACAGACGGAGCAAGAGUCUUGGCAAGGAGCAUUGGGACGAGGUGGUGUUAUCAGACAGUAUCAGUAAGUUUCCUGCCUACGAGCGCGUGGUGCUCGCUCAGCCUGGGUUCGUGAGACCAGUCAUUGUGUUAGGAGCUUUGGCUGACGUGGCCAGGGAACGACUGCUGGCUGAACAUGGGGAUAAAUUCGCUUCACCCAAAAUGGACAGCACUUUAGAAGACAGCAAGUCCAAGCCGAGCGGCAUCAUUCGUCUUUCAAGUAUUCGUAGCAUCAUGGAGCGAGGGAAACACGCGCUGCUAGACAUAACGCCUAACGCCGUGGACAGACUCAACUACGCGCAGUUCUAUCCCAUAGUUAUAUUCCUUAAAGCCGACAACAAACACAUCAUCAAGCAACUAAGAAGCGGUCUGCCUAAGUCCGCCCACAAAUCAUCUAAGAAGCUUCUAGAACAAUGUCAACACAUGGAGCGUGUGUGGGGCCACGUGUUCACACACACUAUAACACUCAGUGAUGCCAACAUUAACACGUGGUUCAGUAAACUGGGCGAGCUGGUGCAGCGGACACAGACACAACAACUGUGGGUGUCGGAAACUAAGGUUGGUACUCAUGGAACUAUUAAAUUGUACCAAAAAAAUGACAAAUUAAAUAAAAAGUAA